CAUUUCCGAAAUAAACGCACACCCUUUGUGACAUUACUUUACGUAAGCAAUGACAGGUCAGGAUGCCUUUAUGCGAAAUGGGAUUGUUCUGUAAAAGAUACAACUCUUUUUUUUUUUCUUCCGUUCAAUUGCUUGGUGGAAUCAUUGGAAGCAGAUAAAAGGAGGAAUAUGUCGGUUGAUAAUUUCAAAACAAACAUCUAUGAAUAUCUUGAGACAUUACCGACAUUCACUUUUAUGCGGUUAUUUGAAAAACCUUCCACAUGUCUCGCCAUCUUUAGACUAUUACCAAGUUUAGGAAGGCAGUUUGUCAUGUCUCUAUUACAUGUUGAACAACCUAUCACCGUGUCCGAUCUACAUUCUUGGGUCAACAGAGAUGGACAAAAAAAGUUGGAAGAAUCCGUAAUGAAACUGUCUCGUCUACGAAUUCUAGAAGAGAAGGAUCAAGUACUCAUAUUAAACAGCACUUUCAGAAGAGAAUUUCAGAACGCAUUGACAGGAGGUGGCUCACAACAAUCAUUUGGCCUUCCAUUCUCAACGCCAGAUAAACAUGCUGUUGAUAUACCCUAUUUAGACCAAUAUGCAACAACACAAUGGGAAGCUAUUCUACAUUACAUGGUCGGUACAUCGCUGACGAAAAAGCCUAGUCGAGGUGUUUUGAAUUUGUUAGAAAGAAGCAGGCUGAUGCAAAACAGUCCGGAAACAGGACAAUUGCAGAUUACAAACAAGGGCUUUCAGUUUUUACUACAAGAUGUGAAUACACAAGUUUGGGCAUUUCUACUGCAAUAUCUGGAAAUGGCAGAGGUAUUGCAAAUGGAUUUGGUCGAAGUGCUGAAUUUCCUAUUUCAGCUGGGAUCAUUAGAACUGGGAGAGAGCUAUUCAGUAGAGACACUCACUCAAACUCAAAUACAAAUGCUGGAAGAUUUACGUGAUUAUGGCAUUGUAUAUCAGCGGAAAAAAACAUCAAAACGAUACUAUCCAACGCGUCUUGCUACAACUCUCACUUCUGGAAAUGCAGCGUUAACAAGCACGACAGUAAAGACAGGAUCUUCCAUUACAACUAAUUCCGCCACUGCCGCCGCCGCCAAUGAAUCUUCAGCAUCAGCUAUUGCAGAUGCAGAACAGAUAGAUCAAGGUUUUGUCAUUUUAGAAACAAAUUACAAGCUUUACGCGUAUACAGAUUCUCCACUCCAAAUUGCCGUUUUGAAUCUGUUUGUACAACUCCAAUCUCGGUUCAGAAAUAUGGUCACAGGUGUCAUCACAAGAGACAGUAUACGAAAUGCGUUAAUGAAAGGCAUCACGGCAGAACAGAUUAUCUAUUACAUGCAAUCCCAUGCACACGCACAAAUGAGAAAAAAGAUACCCGUUUUACCAUUGACAGUCAUAGAUCAAAUCAGACUAUGGGAAAUGGAACGAAACAGAUUAAAGCCUACAGCAUCUUAUUUAUAUCACGAGUUUAAUGUUCAAGCGGAUUUCGAUGCUGCUGAAAAGUAUGCAAAAGAUUUGGGUGUUUUGUUAUGGUCAAACUCUCAAAAACGUACCAUGAUCUUAUCAGAAAGUGGCCAUGAUAGUGUAAAAAGCUUUGUCAAGAGAAGAUUACAGAGAAGCAACUAAUGUUCACCAUAGUAGUUCUUGUAUAUUAUGCUUUCACAUAUAUAACUGUGACGAAUGAAAAAAAAAAAAAAAAAAAAAAAAAAAAAAAA